CGAGGACAGAGCAGAGUCUCCAGGACCCAGCGGUCUGUCUGUGAAGAGUGACCAGUCUAUGGGAAAACCUAUAACCUUUAGUCAUGAACCUGGAGCCUCAGAGACAAAAGGUCAGAACCAGAGACAGAGAGCAGAGUCUCCAGGACCCAGCGGUCUGUCUGUGAAGAGUGACCGGUCUAUGAGACCACCUAUAAACUUCAGUCAUGAACCUGGAGCCUCAGAGACAAACUGCGGUCACCGGUUCUGCAGACGCUGCAUCUCCUCAUACUGGGACCAGUCUGGUCCACCAGGAGACUCCUGCUGUCCCCAGUGUGGACAAAGACCCAGGACAGGACGUGAGCUGCUCACAUUCUUUGUCUCUUGUCUUUCAGCAGAUGUUGGUCUGCAGAAGGUUCUAGAUGAACAUAAGAUCAGUCUGAGGAGCAGAUUUGAACAUGUGACUGAAGGAACUGAAGGAACAGGAAGUAGAACCCUCCUGAACAGGAUCUUCACUGAGCUCUACAUCACAGAGGGACAGAGUGAAGAGGUCAAUACUCAACAUGAGGUGAUGCAGCUGGAGACGACCUCCAAGAAGAAGACGGUCCAGGACACUCCCAUCAAGUGCUGCGACAUCUUUAAAGCCUUACCUGACCAGCAGGGGAGCAUCAGAGUCGUCCUGACCAACGGCGUCGCUGGUGUUGGAAAAACCUUCUCGGUGCAGAAGUUCGCUCUGGACUGGGCCGAGGGUUUGGAAAACCAGGAUGUGAAUCUGCUGAUUGUGCUCUCGUUCAGGGAGCUGAACCUGAUCAGAGAUCAGCAACACAGUCUUCUCACGCUGCUCCAUGUUUUCUAUCCAACAUUAGAGAAGGUCAGAGCGGAGGAGCUCGCUGUCUGUAAACCUUUGUUCAUCUUUGACGGCCUGGAUGAAAGCAGACUCUCACUGGACUUCAGCAGCAGGACGCUGGUUUCUGACGUCACACACACGUCAUCAGUCAACGUGCUGCUGACCAACCUCAUCCAGGGGAAUCUGCUUCCCUUGGCUCUUGUCUGGAUAACUUCUCGACCUGCAGCGGCCAAUCAGAUCCCUCCUACAUGUGUUGCCAGGGUAACAGAAGUACGAGGCUUCACUGACGACCAGAAGGACGAGUACUUCAGGAAGAGAUCCAGAAGUGAAGAUCUGUCCAGCAGAAUCAUCUCACACAUCAAGACGUCCAGGAGCCUCCACAUCAUGUGUCAAGUCCCAGUCUUCUGCUGGAUCAGUGCUACAGUUCUGGAGCACAUGUUGACCACAGAGCAGAGAGGAGAGCUGCCCAAGACCCUGACAGACCUGUACUCACACUUCCUGCUGGUUCAGACAAAGAGGAAGAAGAACAAGUACGAUAAAGGACGUGAGACGAGUCCACAGGAGCUGAUGAAGGCCGACAGCGACUUUCUUCUGAAGCUGGGGAGGCUGGCCUUUGAACAUCUGCAGAAAGGAGACAUCAUGUUUUACCAAGAAGACCUGGAGCGGUGUGGUCUAAGUGUGACAGAGGCCUCGGUGUACUCAGGAGUUUGUACAGAGAUCUUCAGAAGAGAGAGCGUGAUCUUCCAGAAAUCAGUCUACUGCUUUGUUCAUCUGAGCGUUCAGGAGUUUUUGGCUGCAGUCUACAUGUUCCACUGUUUCACCAACAGGAAGACAGAGGUACUGCAGGACUUCUUCAAAAAAAAAGUUGAUGAUGAUGAUGUUGGUUACACUUCUCUGGAUGUGUUCCUAAACGCAGCCAUGAAGAAAUCCCUUCAAAGUGAGAAUGGUCACCUGGACCUGUUUGUUCGCUUCCUUCAUGGACUCUGUCUGGAGUCCAACCACAGACUCUUAGGAGGUCUGCUGGGUCAGACUCAGAACAGUCCAGAAAUCAUCCAGAGGGUCAUUGAGAACCUGAAGAAGAUGAACACAGAGAACAUCUCACCUGACAGAAGCAUCAACAUCUUCCACUGUCUGACAGAGAUGAACGAGCAAUCAGUGCAUCAGGAGAUCCAAGAGUUCAUGAAGUCAAAGAACAGAGAACAGGAACUCUCUGAGAUCCACUGCUCAGCUCUGGCCUACAUGCUGCAGAUGUCUGAGGAGGUUCUGGAUGAGUUGGACCUGGACAAGUACAGCACAUCAGACCAGGGGAAACAGAGACUGAUUCCAGCUCUGAGGAACUGCAGGAAGGCUCGGUUGAGUUUCUGCAGUUUGACAGAGAUCAGCUGUUCUUCUCUGGCCUCAGCUCUGAAGUCCAACCCCUCACACCUGAGAGACCUGGACCUGAGUGGGAACAAGCUGAAGGAUUCAGGAGUGAAGCUGCUGUGUUCUGGACUGGAGAGUCCACAUUGUAGACUGGAGACUCUGUGGUUGUGGGGCUGCAGUUUGACAGAGAUCAGCUGUUCUUCUCUGGUCUCAGCUCUGAAGUCCAACCCCUCACACCUGAGAAAACUGAACCUGAGUAAGAACAAGCUGCAGGAUUCAGGAGUGAAGCUGCUGUGUUCUGGACUGGAGAGUCCACAUUGUAGACUGGAGACUCUGGGGUUGAGGGGCUGCAGUUUGACAGAGAUCAGCUUUUCUUCUCUGGUCUCAGCUCUGAAGUCCAACCCUUCACACCUGAGAGACCUGAACCUGAGUGAGAACCAGCUGCAGGAUUCAGGAGUGAAGCUGCUGUGUUCUGGACUGGAGAGUCCACAUUGUAGACUGGAGACUCUGUGACACCUGUGCAGGUCUGGUCUCUCCAUCUAUCUGUUCCAGGGAAUUCUGUGAAGCACUUGCAGGACAAUCACCAUGUCCAAACACUGGAGAGUCACGAACUGUGUCCCAAAGGCCCAAAAGGGAGCGAAACCCACCAGUGAAAUUGCAGGAUUAUACUGGGUGGACGGCCCGCUGUACUCAGCACACAGUUAGGAAGCCGAGUGUGGAUGUUCUAAGCCUUAUGGCAAUGAUGCAAGAUCAGACAGUGAUGUUGAUGAAGUUAAUGAAUUCAGUUCUGUAAGUAACUGACGGGGACGUCAGGGUUUAGCAGGGGAGGAUGUAACCCACCCUUAGUGAGGAUUACUGUAUUUGUGAUGAUGAAGUAGUUAAUUAAUUCAAUUUAAACUGCUAUCAGGCACCAUUAUAUUAUUUUUCACUGUCUUGUUAUGAUUUCCAACAAUUACAGCAGUUUACGGUCAAGUCCACCAGGUGGUUUCUGGGAUACGCUUGUUAUAUUUUUUUUUCUUUCCGAUCCGACUGUUGAAGGAGAAGGACGUCAUAAGUCAGCUCCUUAUGAGUGGAAAUAUUUCAGUGGACUUUUUAUGGUGGUGUCUGACACUCAUUGUAUAUUCACAUUAGGUAAGUCUGUGUGUGCCUUAUGUUUGUUAAUCUGCUGCGAGUUUAAUAUAAGUAUUUUUGUGAUGUGUUCGUGCUGGCUCGUCAGUAGCUAGUUAGCAGCUAGUUAGCUUGUCACGGAGAAGUGUGGGUGUCGUUAAAACAAAUAUAGCGAUGCUUUAUUGUUCAAAUGUUACAGUGAAUGUUAAAAUAAUUCUGUAAAAUGUUGAAUGUCAUUUAUGCACUGUUUUCUAAUGUAUAUAUAUAUUGUUAAGCAAGAUGUAAGAGGGUCUAGUGUGAGCUUGUUAUUAUUUUUUUCUUUUCCGAUCCGACUGUUGAAGGAGAAGGACGUCAUAAGUCAGCUCCUUAUGAGUGGAAAUAUUUCAGUGGACUUUUUAUGGUGGUGUCUGACACUCAUUGUAUAUUCACAUUAGGAGAAGGACGU